AUGCACUCCUUUCAACCUCCUAUUACUAGAUUUCAUUCUGUUACUCAUGUUCCCUUUUUUACCUACUGUCGCUAUUUUCUCCCUAUUUCUUCUGUUCACCUCGCCGACUCCGUUGUUCCUAUUGUUGCUAUUUUUCUUCCUACUGUUGCUCUGUUUCUAUCUGUGACAUCUAUUCCAACAUGGGGCCUAUUUUUCCUACUUUGCUAUUUUUCUCUCCGUGAUAUCUGUUCUUCUUGUGGGUCCCCUUUUUCUUACAGUUGCUAUCUUUCUCUCCGCUAUUUCUGUUCCUCUCGUGGUCCCCUUUUUUCUUACAGUUGCUAUUUUUCUCUCUGUGAUUUUUGUUCCUCUUGUGGGUCCCUUUUUUCUUACAGUUGCUAUUUUUCUCUCUGUGAUUUCUGUUCCUCUUGUGGGUCCCUUUUUGCUUACAGUUGCUAUUUUUCUCUCUGUGGUUUCUGUUCCUCUUGUGGGUCCCUUUUUUCUUACAGUUGCUAUUUUUCUCUCUGUGAUUUCUGUUCCUCUUGUGGGUCCCUUUUUUCUUACAGUUGCUAUUUUUCUCUCCGUGAUAUCUGUUCUUCUUGUGGGUCCCCUUUUUCUUACAGUUGCUAUCUUUCUCUCCGCUAUUUCUGUUCCUCUCGUGGUCCCCUUUUUCUUACAGUUGCUAUUUUUCUCUCUGUGAUUUUUGUUCCUCUUGUGGGUCCCUUUUUUCUUACAGUUGCUAUUUUUCUCUCUGUGAUUUCUGUUCCUCUCGUGGGUCCCUUUUUGCUUACAGUUGCUAUUUUUCUCUCUGUGAUUUCUGUUCCUCUUGUGGGUCACUCUUUUCUUACAGUUGCUAUCCUUCUCUCUCUGUCUUCUCGUUCCCUCUACCUCCUCUACUCCUGUGUCGUUUUUUUUUUUAUCAUACUCUUGUUAUUUUUAUGUUCUCCAUUUCAUUUCGCUUUCCCGUGA